AUCAGCUGUUUCGGCCCCCAGUGCAGGUUGUCGCAAGUAUAGACGUCAUUUUCGUUUCAGAAAUACAUCACGGGUUAGCUAGCAACACUAUGCGGGACAUUUCAUGUGCACUAGCUUUGCACGAACACUAGCGUGUGUCAGCUUGAGGGUUAGGAGACGCUGUUUUUGCGGAAGGUAGAAAGCAGAGCAUGACGCCAUGAGCUGAGCGCCCUAACGGUUGAGAUCAGAGGCACCGCAGUUGAGAUCAAAGGCACCGAACGCCGCGGUUACAUUUGUUGCCAUGCAGCAGUCAGAGAGCGGCGGAGGGGCGGCGACUUCUGAAGUCCAGCUCAACGACCAGCCCAACGCGCUCAUCGCGUGUAAAGUGCCAGAAGAGGUUUUUAAUGAGCAGCAGUUAAAGGAGCAGUUUGAAGCUUUGUUCCGUGCAUUUGAUCCCAGCACAUCAUUCCAGUUCUUCAAAAGCUUCAGACGGGUUCGGAUCAACUUCACCGAUGCGUUGGCGGCAGCCGAGGCCCGAGUCAAACUCCAUAAGAGUGACUUCAAUGGAAAGGAGAUGCGUCUGUAUUUCGCUCAGUCAGUGCUUAUCGGCAGUACUCGUCUUGAGCCUCCUAAACCAGAGAAGCAGUUCCUCAUCUCUCCUCCAGCGUCGCCCCCUGUAGGCUGGGCGCAGUCACUGGACGCUAAGCCUGGCAUCAACUUUGACCUGCUGUGUGCUGUGUCUAAACUAGGACCAGGAGAACAAUAUGAGAUCCACAGUGGAACCACCAACACACCCAGUGUGAUCGUACACGUUUGUGAGGACGACGAAGACAGUGAAGACGAGACCGCAGAGGGUGGCAAACGUGCGCGACCCAAGAUCAUCCAGACCCGCCGUCCAGACAACGUCCCAUCCGUCAACCAGUGAGCGGCUAAUUCUGGGCCGUUUCGUCUUCGCCACCAACACUGGAAUAACUAGGAAGCAUGCGGUCAUGCAGUUCAUCAUCCUCACCACCGGGGAGGCUGGCGAGCAUCAGAUCCUCUUCCUAGUUAGCGAGGGAGUCGACCAUCCUCACAUCUCGACGUUUCAUUUCUAAACAUCCAUCUCUGAUGGAGUCAGGGACUUUUGAGGACUUGGGAGAGUUUCUCUCAUCUUACGAAUGUCAUUAUUUGCUUGACGUCACAACUGUGUAUUUUAAUAAUCCGAGAGAAAAGCGUUGGUAAAAUCUUGAAGGGGUUUUCGCGUUGCACAAACAAACUGAACAUCGUGUCUGGUGUGUGUGUAUCGUUCGGGGCCACUAACAUGUACUCAUCGUCAUUAUCAUGUAUCGUUUAGUCAGUUAAGCACUCGUACAGUCUUUGAAAGUCAUUAUUAUCGUUGCUGAAGUUCUUCACGAGCUCCUCCAAGUAUUAUGCACUUUAAAAAUAGAGCCUUAUAAUGUGGUUAACUGACAACAACAUCAAGUACUUGUCUUUGUAAAUCGAGCGCAACCGUGAACGCUGACUUUUCCCGCCUUGGAAACGCAAGUGAUUUCCCGCUCAUUUUCUCCACGUAACACCAGAUUUGAUUUCAUACAGAAAUAUAUUUGAAAAUUGGAUAAAAAAAGACACUUGUACUAAAUUGUGUGCUUGUAUUAUAAAAUUAAAUGUUGGCUGUAAAUAAAUGUUAAAAUAGAACAAAAGUAUUGACAAUAUUUGAAAAAUUCUAAAUGAUACAUUAAAUGUUACAUUUAGAUUUUGAAAAAAAAUUAAUAUAAUUUUCUUCUACAGUGUACUCAACCCUCUUAUUUUAUUUAGAAUUUUAAAAGAAAACCGACAAAUUUAAAUAGUUGGCUGUAUGAAUACAUAAAAUAAAUUCAUUUAAAACAUAUUGAUUAUACAUCGAACAGAUUUGGUUCAAAAUCAGUUUUUACUCAGAAACAAACAAUUACAAAGAAUCCACAAGUAACUAAAUUAAAUUGAAUUUCUAAGAAGAAAGAAACAAAAUAGUAUUUAUUUUUAACUUUAGAAUAUUUUAUUUUUUCUUACAAAAUGUACUCAGAAUAUUUACAGCUUUAAAAAGUAUUUUACAGUUACAUAAUUGGCUAUAUUUAUAAACUUGAAAAGACUGACUAUAAAUAAUUGGCUGCAUGCAUCAAAAAAAAGUUAAUAAGUAUGAUUAAAAAGAAUUGGUGUCAUUUCACCUAGUAAAUUUAACAGCCACUACACUUAACCCUUUAUAUUAAACAUUACAAUUUGAAGUAGAAAAUCUAAACUAAAAUAGUGAUUUGCGGUGCAUUAUGGGAGUGAGCAAUCACUUUUAACCUGUUUUGUUAUGAUUCACAUUUCCAUAUUAACAGCGACUUUUUCAGAUGAAUGAAACCGAAUGAUUUAAAAGAUAAAACGAACCCUCAGAAGCACAUAUGAUCUAAAAAGCCUGUGAUUUCUGUGGCAGACGUUCACUGCUGCGCUCUGUGACUUGUUCAAUGAACCGCUCUGUUGUGCUCUACUGUCUUUGGAGAUGUUGUCCUCUUUUCCAUUACUGUAGGAGACGCUCUACUGUCAACCAGUGAUUUUAAGCAACCGUAACAUAUUGUGUAUAUUUGAUGUAUUUGAAUGUAGCCAACAUCUUAAAAAAAAAAACUUGAGGAUUUCUAUCAACAACAAAAUCGUAUUCGUUAUGUAGUGAAAUCUCGAGGGAGGAAGCAUUAACCUACCUUUAAUAAAACUAUCUUGACCAAAGAA